AACGCGUGUAGGUGUCAUCAGAUCUCGCUCCCAUAUACCCUCGAGCUCUAAACACUUGAAUGCCAAAAUAAAGAAAUUUCAUCAGUGUAUUUGAUUUGUAAUCUAGAAAAGUGGAAUUUCGAAGGUCCGCGAUUAACCAUUACAUUUUUUCUAUAAUUCUGAAAUUUUCGAAUGCUACAUGUACUGUACAUGAUUAUCAUAUUGUAGUGCGUUUUGACCUAAUUGUUCCGAAAUUGACAGAUAUUUUUGCAAACGUGAGCAAAAUGUUUUAUCUCGAAUUUUUAGUACUGGUGAUUUUGAGCCCAGUGAUAAGUCUAUGUCAAUAUCACGUUGAGUUGCCAAAGUCUUCAGUGCCCUCCUCAAUGCGGGUUGCUCGGAAUAUGUUUACUCCCAUGCCGCCCGAGAGCGUGCAUCGCCGUAAGUUCGAUUAUUCUGAAGAAAUUCGCGCAAAGUCCGUGCAUUUCUCCCCGGCAAAAUCCAGUCGUUUCGUGAGUAGAAGUAAACGAGAAAGUAAGCCAAAGCCACUCCUGAUGCCCUUACGUGCAUCUACCAAUGCAAGAUUGGUUGUUAACAGUGACAAGCAAGAAACAUCGGAAACAAAUGAACGGAGAGCAUUUUCACACUCUUCCGUGUGCUUGCAUGGCCAUUCAUCUGAAAGAAAAAUCCUAUUCGAGACAAAUCACACAGCCAUGGCCAGUGACCAGGAGAAUUUAUUAUCAAAUAUCUCGAGAACCGAUCUUACACCGCAAUCGCAAAAUAGUUCAGGCAUGAGCAUAGAUCCUUUUAUAAAAAUUAAAACUUCCAACGCCAACCCCAACUGCAAGUUCUCGCAUCACAAGCAUGAAGCAAGCAUGAGAAAACGCGUAUCUAAUGUUUCAGAAAUCGACAAGGAAAUUGAGAAUCAUACUUCGAAUGCAGCUUUCCCUACCGCCACGCCGUCUCUGACAUACUCAGCUCCAGAAGAAAUCUCUGGUCCUCUAAAGUCAGGGUUGAUCGAUGAAAUUGUGCCUUUGUUUGAUUUACAUGGUGGUUCAUUUGGUCAACAAAAAAUUAAAAUAUCUGAACUUGAAUCAGGAGUUCGGCAUUUAGAAGCUACUUAUCCAGAGUUCGAUGGCACGCCUGCCCACAGUAACAGAAUUUCACCGGCUGAAGGGAGAUCUGGCUUGCAACAACUUGUACACAAAUCUCUCCUCAAUGGAUUGGAUGGAGAUACAACAAGGGAUUUUGAAGCAAUCACGCAAAAUAAUACCUUGCUAUAUCAUGAUACAUCUGGCGCUCUGCUGCAUCAACUUAUUGACAUCAAAGAUAUCUUGCAGUCCCAUGCUUCCAUGCGAGACAAGGUUUUCUUCGAACACCUUGAAUACAAGUACGAAACUUUGGCUAAGAAUUUCGCCAGCGACAUGGAAUUUGUUAAAAUGAGACACGAAUCUCACAUUGACAUUACAAAAGAAAAAAUCACUCUGAUCAUGGAAAACUUAUCAACGUUGAAAAUGAUGAUAUUUGGUCAGGAGCAAAGAAUUUUGGCUCAUGAUCGCGACAUUACAGAUAUACAUAAAUAUACUGAUGAAAGUAAAACGUGUUCCCAAAACUCAAGUGCCGUUGCAUCAACAUUAUCCCAGCAAGUUUUAAUUAAUGCGACAUCAAGCAACGAAUCGUUUCCUAAGAUCAACUUCGUUGACCACAAUGUCAGUCAAAUUGUUGGAAAUACGUCCAUAAUCACCAACAAGUUCGAAGACAUUCAUGAACGGCUUGAUGAACUGAACAAAGACUUGGUUUCGUACGACUCGAAACUUGAGCGUUUCUUGGGACAACAGAUCAAUUCUCAAGCUGACCUUGUCUCUAAAUUGAAAGAAACAAAUUCUCUCUGCCAGUGCAAUGAGGACAAACUCUUGGAAGAAAUUGAUUCGUUAAAAUUCAAUAUCAGCAAUUUAUCUUCUUCACUCGACGCACUGCAGGCCUCCACCAAACAUUUGAUUCCAUCCCAGAAACAAACAAGUGAAGGAAGUGAGAGUAAGAAAGAUUUAAAUGCAACCGAAUCUGAGGUUUAUUUAUUGCAGUACACAGAAAAAGAUGUCGCUGAACCCGCUUCCGCUCAGGCGACAAUGUCCUUCAAGCUAUCUGCGCUGGAAGAUAAACUGCUGAACUUGGACGCCGAGAUGCAAGGCAUGCGAGAUCUGCGCCGGGAAGUGGAAGUGUUUAGGGAUGAACUGAAGCGCCUCAAGACUAGCAACUCAUCGGCAGCAGGGCUGUGCGUGUGGCCCUACAAGCCCCACGGGGACGGGUGCUACUACGUCAGCACGGACGAGCGGCUGAGCUGGGGGGCGGCCCGCGGCCGGUGCCGAGACCUGCAGGGCGACCUCGCGGCGCCCCUCGACCACGACGCCUUCAAGAAGUUCCUCCAGACGCAGAGACUGAGCAGAAGCUACAGCUUCUGGGUGGGUGCGAGCGAAAACAAGGAGGCGGGACGCUGGGAGUGGGUCAGCGGUCAACCCGUGACCCAUGAAGUGUGGGCGACCGGCCACCCUAAGCUGAUGCGCGCCGACCGCUGCAUGCAAAUCAGACCAGACCUGAAGCUUUUCGCAUCCGACGAGUCAUGUCGUGUGUCCAAUUAUUUUGUUUGCCAACAGCGACGCGCUUAAUCUAGAUCACAGAAGUUUUGAAUAUUUGUUAAUGAUUGUACAUACUGUAAUCUAGUUCUGCGAUUUGUAUGUCUAUUUUGCUUCAACAUCAAAAUUUUAGUUCAGGUGAAGGCCAAGUUCAUAUUUCUCAUGCCUGAGUACAAAUAUGAGCCCCAAAUUGAUAAGUUUAUGUAAUGACAUCACGUUUCCAGAUGAAAUAAAUGAAUGCCAACAUAACAUGUGAUUAGCGUUUAGCCAUUCCUUAAUUCAUCCGCAUCCGACUCUCUACAAGUGAUUUAUUUUUAAUAGCAAUUGGAUAAUAGUAAAUAAAAGAAGCGUUUACAAAUUAUUAAGCGGUACUUGCAUUAGAUGGUUCUUGGUGCUUAACAUUUAAUAUUAAA